AUGAAUUGUCCCUCCCGCACGGACGAUACGCUCCUGCACUGCGACUGGAAUCAGAAUCCCCCAUCUCUGGCCCCGGAUUUGACCACCCGCCAAGACCUCAAUGGCAUUUCCAAUGCUCGUGUCCACAAAUCUGGAGGGCUCGCCGUUGACUCAUUGACAUGUCUACAAACGACUCAAUGCUUGUCUAGCAGACCAAAAACUCUAGAAAAAGUCAAGGCAGACCAGCAGGGGGCGUCUCUGACUCUGUCAGGACGCCCCGUUUCCCUCAAAGCCAGAGAUAGUACUGGCCAAAUUUACUAUCCGAGUCACUGUUCCACUCAAUCGGCACCUUCUUCCCUUGAGAAGAUCAAGAGCUGGGCAUGGUGGCUGCUGUCGGUGCUGUUCACUUCUGCCGUCAUCUCCCACGAGAUUGUGGCAAAAUACCUCGGCUUAACUGUCUCAUUCGCGAAUCGUUCGGAUGGCGCUGAAGCCCCAGCACGACUGCUCAAGAGAUCAACCUGUGCCGAAGGAGGCGCCAAUCGUGGCGACUACAACACUCCCUUGCACGUCGCAGCUCUCUUUAUCAUCCUUGCCGUUUCCACCUUGGCUUGUGCAUUCCCCAUCCUGGCCACAUGGUUUCCUCGACUGCGCAUUCCACCCUCCUUCCUCUUUGUCGUCAGUCAUUUUGGUACUGGCGUUCUCAUCGCCACAGCAUUUGUCCAUCUGCUUCCAACGGCCUUCACCUCUCUCAACAAUCCAUGUCUCUCGAGUUUCUGGACCUCCGACUACCCAGCCAUGCCCGGAGCCAUCGCCUUGGCCGGCAUCUUCCUUGUCACCGUCAUUGAAAUGGUCUUUAGCCCCGCUCGGCACGUCUGUCGCGGUGGACUGCGAGUCUCCGAACAAAAGCCAUGUCUUCCUGAUCAUGGUAUCGACAAUGCGUAUGUGCCAAAACUGGAAGAUCCUGCUGCAGCGGAGGACCCCAUGCGACUCGCCUGUCCCAGGCUUGAAAGCCAAUCGCAUCUGCGUGACCUUGGGCCCUUGAUUGGUAGAUCAUCCAGUAUGAGUCGGACCAUCAACCGCAUCGGCGAAGACUCCGACCGCAUCAUACGCAUUGCAUCUGCUCCAGGAGGCAGUCCGACUCUGGAAGAAAGCAAGAUGCAAGCGGUCGAAGACGUGGAGCGCAGUGAUGAAUUCACUCUGGCACCGGAACAAAAGCAUCGAAAGGCUGUCAUGCAGGUGCUCUUACUGGAGAUGGGCAUUCUCUUCCACAGUGUAUUCAUCGGCAUGUCCCUGAGUGUGUCUGUGGGCAGCGAAUUUGUGAUUUUGCUGAUCGCCAUUGUAUUUCAUCAAACUUUCGAAGGUCUGGCGUUGGGAUCUCGCAUCGCUGCGCUUGACUGGCCAGAAAGCGCCAUGCAGCCAUGGCUUAUGUCGCUGGCAUAUGGAUGCACAACCCCAAUCGGCCAAGCGAUCGGCCUGGCAACACAUACCCUCUACAGCCCCGAUUCUGAGGUUGGACUACUGCUUGUAGGCACCAUGAAUGCCAUUUCCUCGGGUCUGCUCAUCUUCGCAUCGCUGGUCGAACUGAUGUCGGAGGAUUUCCUCAGUGACGAGAGCUGGCGGGUUCUUCGAGGUCGGAAGCGGGUUAUUGCCUGUGUCUUGGUGUUUGCAGGCGCGUUCUGCAUGAGCCUUGUGGGCGCUUGGGCAUAG